CGCCCAAACAACACAUCACAACAGCUUCGGUGUUGAAGUACAAUAAACUGCACCUACUAUCAAGAAGAAGAAGAAGACAAUAAACUGUUGCUAUCUUGGGGAAAAAGGAAGCUGCCAACACGUGACACAUAACACAAGAAAGGAGGAGGAUAGUAUAGUGAAGAAGACUUCACAUUAAAGGAAGAAGUAUGGAUGGCUGUGAAAUAUUAGAGCUACAGUGUAGCAGUCAAGACCCAGAGUCUACUCUUAGGAAAGUGGAGCAAGAACUGAAAAAUGUCACACGUGAACUGCAAAUUCUUCAGGGGCGUAAGCGAGCGUUAGAGGCUAAACAGGAGAAAUUAAGAGAUUCAAUUCAGCAACAGAAAUCAGCACAUCUUGCUCAACGAGACUGGGAUAGACAAGAUUUUCCAUGGUCAAAAGAAUUGGAGAAAUUGCAGAACACAGUCUUCAAAAUCCCUACACUAAGAGCUCACCAGCUUCCUACCAUGAAUGCCACAUUGUCUGGAAUAGAUACCAUUCUAAUUAUGCCUACCGGAGGAGGGAAAAGUUUAUGCUUCCAGCUUCCAGCUCUUAUAUCUAAAGGUAUUACCUUGGUUGUCUCUCCACUGGUGUCACUGAUGGAGGAUCAGUUAAUGAGUCUGAAGGCUCGAGGAGUUCAGGCGAGGAUGCUCUCUGCUGCAUCCACUAGAGAAGAAGUCAAUGGAGUCCACUCUGAUAUGACAAAUCCUAAUAGCCAACUAAAGCUACUGUAUGUUACUCCUGAGAAACUUGCAAAAUCUAAGCGAUUUAUGGCCAAGCUUCAGAAGAUGCAUCAAAUUGGUCGAUUUGCUCGCUUAGCCAUUGAUGAAGUUCACUGUUGUUCACAGUGGGGACACGAUUUUAGGCCAGAUUACAAAUAUCUUGGUAUCAUGCAUAAAAUGUUCCCAGGAACACCAAUCUUGGGACUUACUGCCACAGCUACUUCAAGAGUCAUUCAAGAUGUGCAAAAAAUUUUGGACAUCAAAGGCUGUUUAGUUCUUAAAGCAUCUUUCAAUCGGCCAAAUCUAUUUUAUGAGGUGCGACCCAAGCCUCCAGUCCAGGAAGAAUGUGCUACUCAGCUUCAGCAGCUGCUUGAAGGGGAAUUUAAAAAUGAGUCUGGCAUUAUCUACACUAUGACUAUCAAGGAUGCUGAAGAGCUGGUGUCAGGGCUCAAGUCGCGUGGUUUGCGUGUGGCACCGUACCAUGCCCAGCUGGAUGCACAAGUGAGAAGCAAAAUCCAUAGGAAGUGGGUGGAAAAUGAAUAUCAGGCUGUUGUAGCUACCAUUGCAUUCGGCAUGGGGAUUGAUAAACCCGAUGUUCGCUUUGUGAUUCACCAUUGCAUAUCCAAAUCGAUGGAAAACUUUUACCAGGAGAGUGGAAGAGCAGGAAGAGAUGGCAGACCUGCAAAAUGCAUUAUUUUCUGGAGAUUUGCUGAUCUAUCUCGACAGAGCACUAUGGUGUUCACGGAACAGACUGGCCAAGAGAAUCUGUAUGGGCUGAUUAGCUACUGUCUAGACAGUCAUAGAUGCAGAAGAAAUAUUAUAGCUGAGCACUUUGAUGAGAGAUGGGAGACUGCAGAUUGUCGAGGAAUGUGUGAUCAUUGCAAAGCACCAAGAGAAACCAAAAAUUUAGACACAACAAAAUAUGGCGAGCAUUUGUUGAUGAUACUCACAAAGGCUGCUAGUUUGGAUCAGAAGCUGACUGGUCAAAAGCUUGUCGAUCUGUUUCUAGGCAAGGGUUCUCCAAAGUUACGCGUACAAGAAGCAAUAGCAACUGGAUUAGCUAGAGACCGAGCUGAAAACAUUGUUGCUUUCUUCCUUAUAGAUGGUUUCCUUAAAGAGGACUUCCAUUUUACCCCUUACAGUACCAUCAGCUACAUUGUACCAGGUCCAAAAGCAGAAGCUGGAGUCCCACCAAGCGCCUUAAUUGUUGGUGGCAUUCGAAAAUUAUCAAGCAUCUCUGUCAGUCAAUCAUCAGAAAAAGCUGCCGACAAUAGCCAACGAAAUCAUGCCCCAAAAACUGAAGAACAAGCAGGAACCACAAAGAAACGUGAAAUCAAAUCAAAGGCCAAUCUCUCAUUUGGAAAUAACAGUGACUGUGAUGCAUCUAGCAGAACCAGCAGUAUAAGUGACAGUAAGAAAAACAGCAGCAACAAUUGCAAAGACCAAACUCAAAAAUCAAAGUUUUCUCAAAGUAAGAAGUCUGCACGCAAUUGUGUUAAAAGCCAGGUGAAGUCAGAGCAAAAAUCCAAUACGAAAGGUGUAGCCAAAUCACCAGAGACGGCAACUUUUUUACUGGAGUCGUCCUCUGAUGCAGAACAUAGUUAUUCUGAUGCUAGUGACCAGCCAAGUUCAUACAAAAGGAGGCGAAUCAUAACGAUUGAUAAUUCUAGUGAUUGUUCAGAAGGCUAAACCAAAAUGUGGAUUGAUAAAUGUUGUAUUUUCUUUUGCUAAAUAUAUUUUUUAUAGUUGGUGUCCAUUGAUAAAAUUCUUAGCAAAUCAGGUAUGUACUUUUGUCAUUGUUCGUCAUCUUUUUGCUCUUUUAUUAGAACCCUGAAUGAUUUAAUGAAAUUUAUGAUUUGGUAGUAUUAUCUGUCAGAGUAAUCUUUCAGAUUUGGUGCCCUCUUUUAAUAAUUGUUUUAGUUGACUUAAGUGCAAAUUUAUCCCAUCACUGCUUGUAAUGUUCUUUAAUUUGAGGUCAUCAGUAUCAAAACUAUUAACAAUAUCUUUCAAGUUUUCCAUAUACAGUAUGCCGUGUGAACUGUUUCUUUACACCAACUGAUUUUUUGAGUGUUGCCCAAGGACACAAUUAGGUUUUAAUUUCGGAGACCCGACAACAGCAUUCAAAAUAUUGUAUUGUAUUUCCAGACAAACAUUUUGGAAUUCUGUGGCCAAAGAUAUGAUGGAGAAACAACAACAUUUCACUCUGUCGUGGACCAUUAUCAAGUUGUGUGUGAGAAAGAGAGGAAGGAACAAGCCAAUAAAUAAGGAAAGAGUGAGGUGGGGAGCAGGGAAGAGAAGAAGGUAAGAGUAAGGUGAAAGGUAAGAAUUGGAUAAAACACCCACACUUGUGCAUUUGUGAAAUUUAUGUAAGGAAUUUACACCAAGUCUUUUGCACUCUCCUGUGUGCUUUGAUCAAGGUCCAAGUGUGUGAUUAGGACGAGACUUGCAUCUUAACAUCUUAUGAGCCUGCUAUCCUGGGUCCAGUCUCUCUUGACCAUCUCACCUCUAUUUCCGACUUCUUAUGUACCUGCGGUAAUAUCUUCUAUGGAAUUACAGUCAAGGUUCCUUUCUGUAAAUCUGGUAAUCCAGAUGAACACCUCCAGUUCUCAGAAUAGUAGGAUUACAGAAAGGACACAUGACCAUAAUUCCAUAGCAGACAUUACUGCAGGUACAUCAGAAGUCGGAGAGAGAGGUGACAUGGUCAAGAAGGACUAGACCUAGGAUAGCAGGCUCAUAAGACAUUAAGAUGCAAGUCUCGUCCUAAUCAUGCAUUUAGGAGAGUACAAAAGACUGUAAAUUGUUGACCGGACCACACACUAGAAGGUGAAGGGACGACGACGUUUCGGUCCGUUCUGGACCAUUCUCAAGUAGAUUGUGAUGAGGAA